AAGACAUCGUCUCACACGAGCCAAUCACGAGUGUACCUUGUUCAUCUCUCGUUUUUGGUAGUGCUUCUGACGUGCGCAGCUGAAGGUGGUGGAAAUUCGUAUUUUUAUUGUAAAAUUUAUAAAGAGAAUGGCAGCUCACUGGAUGCGAAAUGCUGUUCCGAAAAUCGGCUCGGUCCGCUUUUACAGUAGUAAAGUUCACAAAUGUACCCUUAUUCCUGGAGAUGGUAUUGGACCUGAGAUUUCAGCUGCUGUUCAGAAGAUUUUUGAUGCUGCCAAGGUGCCAAUAGAAUGGGAGUCUGUAGAUGUCACACCAGUAAAAGGGCCAGAUGGGAAAUUUGGAAUUCCACAAGCUGCUAUUGAUUCAGUUAACAAAAAUAAAAUUGGUUUAAAAGGACCUUUAAUGACCCCUAUAGGAAAGGGACAUAGAUCCUUAAAUCUUGCCUUAAGGAAAGAAUUUAAUUUAUAUGCAAAUGUUCGACCUUGUCUUUCCUUAGAAGGUUAUAAAACACUAUAUGACAAUGUUGAUGUUGUUACUAUUAGAGAAAACACAGAGGGAGAAUACUCUGGUAUAGAACAUGAGAUUGUAGAAGGUGUUGUACAGUCUAUCAAAUUAAUUACAGAAGAGGCUUCUAGCAGAGUAGCAGAAUUUGCCUUCCAGUAUGCUCAGGAUAACAAUAGGAAAAAGGUGACUGCUGUACAUAAAGCAAACAUAAUGAGAAUGUCAGAUGGUUUAUUCUUGAGGUGUUGUAGGGAUGCUGCACAAAAGUUUCCUUCUAUUAAAUUCGAAGAAAGGUAUUUAGAUACAGUGUGUUUAAAUAUGGUGCAAGAUCCCAGUCAGUAUGAUGUACUUGUAAUGCCCAACUUAUAUGGAGAUAUCUUAUCUGACAUGUGUGCUGGAUUGGUAGGAGGACUUGGCCUUACACCAAGUGGAAAUAUUGGUUUGAAUGGUGCACUGUUUGAAUCUGUACACGGAACUGCUCCAGAUAUUGCAGGUCAGGAUAAAGCAAAUCCCACAGCAUUGCUACUGUCUGCUGUGAUGAUGCUUAAAUAUAUGGGAUUGAACCAGCACGCGAAAAUUAUCGAAAAUGCUGCCUAUGAUACUAUCAAGGAAGGCAAAUACUUAACAGGAGAUCUUGGAGGAACAGCAAAAUGUAGUGAAUACACUAAUGAAAUCUGCAAAAAGGUUUCAGCAAUAUCGAAGUAGAUAGUAUAAUGUUUAUUGAAUAUAAACUGCCAAAUACUCGUAGAAAUGAUUCACAUAAGGUAAAAUGCCGUUUUUAAAUAUCUGUAAUUAUUAUUUCUAAAAUUGUUCUUAGUGCACAUCUUCCGAAGAAACUUGCACUUUGAUGAAACAAGUCGCAAAAAUUUUCGAUGUAGGAAGAUGUUUUAUUCAUCUGUUCACACUGAUUUAGAAAAUUUUUGUCGAGUACUUGCACUAGCUUAUUGUACAAUAUAACUAAAUGUUACUCAACUUCGUGGAUUUGUUAAUGCGUAAUAGCAUUUAAUAUGAUUUCAUUGUGAUGAAAAACACGCAGUUUCAUCGCGUGUAUUGACUGAAUAUACGUUUAUGUAUGUUUGUCAUACUUCUUUACUAUGAAAAACUAAAAGGAUUCUAAUAGGGUCUGUAAAAAUUAGGCAUGUAAAUUAAUCUAGGAACGCUGUAUAAUACUUAUAAAUGAAGUUGUUGAGGAAACGUGACCUCGAAGAAGAGUUUCAGGAAUCAACAUUGCGCAGUAUUACAUAUUAAUAAAAUAUGACAAAUUCCA